AUGAACGCCAUUCGUCAGACUCAGGCGCUCAAUAAGCGUGAGCUUGAAAGUGCGGUACCACCCGAGGCAUCAUGGCAUGCAGACUACCGCGACACCGCGUAUAUCUACAUCGGCGGACUUCCACUCGAUCUCUCGGAGGGUGAUAUUGUCACGAUCUUCUCUCAAUACGGGGAGCCAGUCUAUAUCAACCUGCUUCGCGACAAAGAAACGGGCAAGAGCCGAGGCUUUGCGUUCCUCAAAUAUGAGGACCAGCGCAGCACAGACCUUGCAGUCGAUAAUCUGGGUGGCGCAACAGUUUUAGGGCGUUUGUUGCGUGUGGAUCACACACGGUACAAGCGGCGUGACGAUGAGGAAGAAGGAGAUAAUGUUGCAAGGCUGAUGGGCGAUGCGACUAUUACCGAGAGCAAAAAGGAUGGGGAUGAUGGCCGAAGCGAUCGCAGGAGAAGGCACAGCGACGCCGACAAAGAGGAUCGUCGACCUAUGCUCAAGGAGGAGAAGGAGCUUCAGGAACUGAUUCUGAACCAUGACGAGGAGGAUCCGAUGAAGGAAUUCCUGAUCGAGGAGAAGAAGGAAGAGGUUGCGCUCGCGCUUGCGAAAUAUCAGAGCAGCAAGAAGUCCUCCAGGCGACGGGACGACAGCAGAGAACGGUCGAGUCGGCACCAUCGCCGCCAUCGUUCUCGUUCUACAGAGCGCAGACACCGGGAUGAUCGGUCCCCAGGUAGAGAAAGGAAAUCACGACGACGGUCCACAGAUCGCGAGGAGAGGUCGAGAAAGGACCGUUCCACAGAACGGGAGGAACGUCCUCGUCGGGAUCGGUCGACGGAAAGGGGAGAACGAUCCAGGAGAGACCGAUCAACUGAGCGAUCUCGCUCACCGGGCUCCAAGAGACAUCGCAGUGAUCGAGACCGACAUGAUCGCCGCCGCUGA